CGUGGGUUUCUUGAGCUGAAAACUUUUGAACCGCCGGUGUUUCCUCGUGAUGGACGAGGGCAGGGCUCAUGGUCUGAGCGCUUCUUCCUCCUCCCCUGAGGUCACUUUGGAUGAGUCCAUCCGCCCCUCAUCACGACACUUUCUGCAGGAAGAGUAUCGUGAAUCGUAUCCCUUCAGGACGCUGGCAGAAGCGAGGUACGAGUUGAGACGACAAAAGAUCCCUACAGCUGACUUCAUCCGCAUGUUCAGUCAGGCGCCACUGAAAGAGUCACGGCUCUACGAGCUGCGAGUGCAUCAUGGUAACAUCGCCCGCACCAAAACUGCCAAGGCGGAGCAAGCCUCACAGGAGCAAAACAUCACAGCGAAAAUCAGGAGAAGCCGAAAGCGGGAGCUCACCUCGGCAGAGCAAGUGCGACAGCUCUGUGAUGUGAUGCGCAAUCUCCAACGACGCACAGAAAGCAAAGAGAGCAGACUUCUCGAGAAAUAUGGCUUGGGUGAUGGACGACGAUUGCAAAGCGCCUAAGUAGCUCACAGGACUAUUUAUUUGACGACCUGAGUUAGUGAUGCGCUACAAACUUAGAAGGUCCAUGUAGUCAAUUGCUCAACGUUGCUGGUGCC